UGUUAAACUUCCUGUGACCAUCGCGCUGCAGAUCUGAUGUUCUUAUGAUCAACAACAACAACGCAAAAGUUCUACUCCAUAUGGUCGUCGUGGUAGUGAGUAAAUAGUGGUUACGUUUGCGCGCUUUUGAAAGCUCUAGCAGCGCGGUCGAUUUUGAACAAAGUCCUGAGCAGCGAGUUUGUUUGAAAAAGUGUCAAUCUUCGAGGAUAUGUUUAUUCCCGUGAGUGACAGGGAACGACAGGAAUUUUUAUGUAGGAACGAAAGAAAAUUUAUUCCAGGAUACACUGGCCAUUGUCCAAAUAUCAAAUUUCAUUUCGGAAAGAGUUAUGGUGCAGACACAAAAGAAAUUUUGGAAGAAUUGCGCGAUCAUAACGCUAUAAGAGAUAUCUACACGAAAAGAUACAGAGAAGAAGAUUACUCAAAAGAUGUUCUCAAAUUCACUGAAAGACAGAGGCAGUACAGGAAGAGAAAAGAUGAAGAAGAAAAACGAAUAAGAGCCAGAAGUGCUCCUAGAUUGACUCCAAUUAGAUCCGAAGAUCAAGUCGAUAGAAUGGUAAAGGAAUAUGAAGCACGAAUCACUUAUAAAGAAAAAGAAUUAUCUCCGGAAUGUCCUCCUAUUUCUGGAUACACGGGACAUAUCCCAAGAGUAAAAGCUAGUGAGGAGUCAUUAUCACAACGUUACAGUACAGCAGUUAGAAAAAGUCUCGAAAGGUUGAGGGAAGAGAGAAAAAGACAGCAUUACUUUAAGGGAAUUCAGGACGAUAUAGAUCGCGCCAUUAAAGGCCUUGACAAACAGUGCCUCAAAGACGAUUGAUAAAACGUGUAAAUGUUAAAAUAACAUUGUUUUGUUGUCAAACUUUCUUUUCUCAUUUUAAGGAUGAGAGAUAGGAAAGUAGCACAUAUUGAAUGCACACACGUUAACAAAAG